AUUCUAAUUUUUCUGAAGCUAAGAGGCUUACAAAAGUAAUUAUGGGAACGGAAGAGGAGAACACCCCUUCCAAGCCUUCUUCCAAAUCAACUGCCUCAACACAGGAAAUGCCCACAACUCCCUCAUAUCCUGAUUGGUCAUGCCCGGUGCAGGCUUAUUAUGGUGCUGGAGCUGCUCCACCUCCCUUCUUUGCCUCAACUGUUGCUUCGCCAACUCCGCAUCCAUAUAUGUGGGGAGGCCAGCAUCCUUUAAUGCCUCCGUAUGGAACUCCGGUUCCAUUCCCAGCCAUGUAUCCUCCUGGGGGAGUGUAUGCACAUCCUACUAUGGCCCCAGCUCCAAGCGUUGCACAGAAUAAUACUGAUCAUGAAGGGAAGAGUGCCAAUGGGAAGGAUCGAAGUGCGGCCAAAACGUUGAAGGGAACUUCAGAAAGCAAGGCUGGAGAAAAUGCAAAGGCGGCUUCUGGCUCUGGAAAUGACGGUGGCUCUCAAAGCGCUGAAAGUGGCACUGAGGGCACAUCAGAUAGAAGUGACGACAAUGAUCAACAAGAACCUCCUGCCGGUAAAAAGGGAAGCUUCAACCAGAUGCUUGCAGAUGCCAACGCACAGAGUAACAAUGCUGGGGCUUUAGUUCCUGGGAAACCCAUAGUCGCAAUGCCGGCAACCAACCCGAAUAUCGGGAUGGAUCUAUGGAGUGGAUCCCCUGCAGCCACAGGAGCUGCGAAAAUGAGAUCUAACUCUUCUGGUGCUGUUGCCACAGUUCUUAAUGGAGUUGUGAUGCCCGAGCAAUGGAUUCAAGAUGAACGUGAGCUGAAAAGACAGAAGAGGAAGCAAUCUAAUAGCGAGUCUGCUAGACGAUCAAGAUUACGCAAGCAGGCCGAGUGCGAGGAGCUACAGGUCAGAGUGGAGAGCUUGGCAAAUGAAAACCAUAAUCUGAGAGAGGAACAAAAGAAGCUGUCUGAUGAAUGUGAGAAGCUUACAUCAGAAAACAGUUGUAUUAAGGAUGAGCUGACGCGGAUAUGCGGACCUGAUGCGGUAACUAAUCUCGAGCAAGGCGAUGAAGGGAAGAAUUUAUAGGAAACCUACAAGAGC